AGCAGAGGUGACAGGGUCACCGCGGAGCCUGCAGCUCCUCCGCCGCCAGCGACUCAGCCCUGUGGUUCUUUGAGUCGGGCCGCGGCUCGGGGGUCUCCGCCGCCCAUCGUCCGCCGUGGUGGGUGCGGCUCUGAUGCUGCGGCAGGCUCCGGACGCCCGGAGCUCUGGAGGAAUUUAAGAAGCUUUUAUUCAUGUGCAUGUCAUAGAAGAUGAAUUCAUCCUCUUCUACUAUGAAUGAAGAGCCUGAUGCUUUAUCAGUAGUUAACCAGCUACGGGAUUUAGCAGCAGAUCCGUUAAACAGAAGGGCCAUCGUCCAGGAUCAGGGAUGUUUGCCUGGCCUUAUUUUAUUUAUGGACCAUCCAAACCCCCCUGUCGUUCACUCAGCUUUGCUUGCGCUCCGAUACUUGGCUGAAUGCCGUGCGAACAGAGAAAAGAUGAAGGGAGAACUGGGGAUGAUGCUGAGCUUGCAGAAUGUCAUCCAGAAGACUACAACUCCAGGAGAAACAAAACUUCUGGCCUCAGAAAUCUAUGACAUCCUUCAAUCCUCCAGUAUGGCUGAUGGUGAUAGUUUUAAUGAAAUGAAUUCACGUAGAAGGAAAGCUCAGUUUUUUUUGGGAACUACAAACAAACGGGCCAAAACAGUAGUUUUGCACAUAGAUGGUCUCGAUGAUACGUCUCGACGAAAUCUAUGUGAAGAGGCUUUGUUAAAAAUUAAAGGUGUUAUUAGCUUUACUUUUCAAAUGGCUGUUCAAAGAUGCGUGGUGCGAAUCCGUUCAGAUUUGAAAGCAGAGGCUUUGGCGUCAGCAAUAGCAUCAACCAAGGUCAUGAAAGCUCAGCAAGUUGUGAAGAGCGAAAGUGGGGAAGAGAUGCUGGUCCCUUUUCAGGAUGCCCCUGUGGAAGUGGAAGAGAACACAGAGCUACCUGACUACCUGCCUGAGGAUGAGAGUCCCACAAAGGAGCAGGACAAGGCGGUAUCCCGGGUUGGAUCACACCCUGAAGGUGGAGCCAGCUGGUUGAGCACAGCUGCAAACUUUUUAUCCAGAUCAUUUUACUGGUGACUUCAACUUCAGUUUGGGGCUCAAGGACUGUACAAACCAACAGGGGGCCAGCUUUCCAUUGUUGUGGUGAACUGUCAAGUGCAAUUUGCAAUAAAUUAUCAUGGAAAGUUUCUAGAUUACAUGACUAUGUAUCUGCAUUUUACAUCUUAUGGGACAUUUUCCGCACAAGACAGAGGCUACAGGUCAAGUUUGUUUAUGAAGGUAUUUUGGUAUUGUUUUCCUUUGCUUAAUUGCCUCACAUUUUGUUCUAAAAAAACAUGGGUCCACUGUUAAAACCAAAUGUAUAUGUAGCUUUAUAUUCUGUUUUUACAGAGGCAUGUGAUUGGAAAACUCAUUUUCUCCUCAAGCCUCAGGAGUCUUCUAAAAAGUUUUGCGUAGCUCAAGUUGUGCAUGAAUUACCGAAUAUAUUUUUUUUUUCAGCUUUUCUUCAUGAACGAUAUUUGACAUGUGCUUUCGUACCCUUCUCUGAAAGUUGAAAACAUACCUACUUAGCCCCUUCUGUGCCUUUUUUAUUUUGCCAACCAUGUUUUAUGGAAAAGACAUUAGCAGUUACAUUUUGCAAAUGGAAUUGUGUUCAUUUGAACAUAGAAGUACCUAAAAAGAAAAAAAAGAUCUCUACAAAGAGCUGUACAGUCAUACUUGCUGUAAUUUUAAUAAGAUUACUGUAGGCCAGUUAAAACAAGGGACGUUUGCUGUAAAGUGCUUUGGGGAGGAUUUGAAUGUGGCCAAGCCUGGCUCUAUUGACUCCUGCUCACUUCGGUUAGAGUGGCUUUUAAGAAUUAAGUCCACUGUGAUGUUUGAGCAGCAGAUGGUGUCUUGGCCUUACUCUGUGGUGACACUGUACCCUGCUAGAGAAGAGUGAUCGUUUAAACAACUGACAAACUUGAAAACGAAAUUGGAUGCCUAGAAUGCCGCAGUGCCACCUUGGCCGGUCUGACGUCAGACAUCAACUGCCUGGCACAUACCCAUCCCAGAGAUGAUGCUUCUUAUUGCCUUUUUGUGGUUAUUAAGAAAGUACUGCAGUCAGUUUGAUUAAAACAGGAUUCACGUUAUUGCUUAGAGAGAAAGAAAACCAGCACCGGUCACUUAUUCUUAUUUUUCAUAUCUAUCCAGAAAACUGACUUCAGUGAAGGUAAGAUAGACAUACACUUGUGUUUUUCUUUAAGACUGAACUACACGUAUGCGAUGCUUUCUUAAGAUUCUAACAUAUUCGACAACUAAUAUUUCUUUUUAGAAGUCAGCUUAAUCUAUGUAAAGGCAACAUCAUUAAAACUAACAGGAAGAAACUGAAAUGCAUCUUCACCAGGUAGAGCUGCUGUUUUGCUACUUGGAGAAAGUGAAGGGAAGUUGGACCCUGGAGGUUUCCUUGCAUCUGUGUUGUCUCUCAGAGACCGUUGAAGCCAUCCGGUGUUGCCGAGGAGAAACAACCGUGCAAUCCUAUGGCCCAUGAGACCAUUAAGUUCAUUAACAUAUGGCUUUCUGGAAGGAAGGUGUUGAAGGCAUUUAGAGCAUUUUACCAGUGUCUGGUCUCUGAUUCAAGUGCUAUGUACAAGCAGAAAGCAGCCAUUUUCAGGGCACAUCGCUAAGCUGUAUUACUGCUUGCUGCCAGAACCAGAUGUGCUGAAGACAAACAACAAAUCACCUCCUUUCUAUAUCCAUUAGAGCAAAGUUUACUUUCUGUUUCAACAGUUUUUUAUUUUAUUUUGCAUUGUCACACAUUUAUUUAAGAACUAUAGCCCUUUUGGUAGUGAUGGUCCAGGUCAGUUGGUAUUUCGGACUGAUGUUUGCGUGUGUCUAGGUGUUCAAGGACUCUCAGAGAACUCAAGGCAACUAUAAUGGCAGUUUUUGAAAUAUAUUGUAAGAUAAUAAAAGAUAACAGUGAAAAUCAA